UUCUUAACAAUCUGUGUGUACCUUUCGUGCCUGGCAGUACACUAGCAGUUCACUGACUGAAUUCAAAAACACAGUUGGAGCACAAAAAUUAGAAUAAUGAUGAAUAAAGAACUAAUUAUUAUUUUAAUUUUUGCCACUGUUUAUUCAAGUGGGACAGCUGACCAAGGAAUUCAGUAUGCAAAAGAAAAAGUGUGUGAAGAGCUCCGACUCAUUGGAUCAAAUAACUUCAAAACAGUAGUGACAGCUGUAUACAGUCAGAAAUUUCCAAAUGGAACCUUUGAGGAAGUGAACUGUGUGGCUGAUGAAAUGGGUAAACUAGCAGAACGCUGCUGUCAAGAUGAUGCAAGUCUGGACUGUUAUGACAAAGGGGCCACUGAAAUUUCAGACAAGUCUUGUAGGAAGGAUUCACCAUUUCCCAAGCAUCCGGGUAUUGAGCAGUGUUGCACUAUCCAUGGAGAGGAGAGGAAACUGUGUUUGGCCAUGCUGCGUUAUUCAGCAGAUGAACUCCCAUCUCUGCUGGAGAACACACCUGAAGAGAUCUGUACUCAGUAUACGAAGGACCCCAGCAGCUAUGCUCUGAGGUACGUUUACGAGUAUUCUCGGAGACACAGGACGAUCCCAGCAGGUUUUGUUCUCAACGUGACCCAAAGACACAUGAGGAUGGCAGAGAAUUGCUGUAAGCCCACUGUAUCAAAGCCCUGCUUUUUCAGAGAGAGGUAUCAAGAGAAUAGUUUGGCUAUUUUUCUGAAGUUUCUCUCCAACAUGUGUAACAAUGAAGUGAAUCUGAGAUCUCACAAAACUGGACUGACUGCCUAUUUCGGAAGCUUCCUGAGUGUACCAUUCGAAGAAGCAUUGGCUAUUUCAAAGCAGUUUCAGUCUGCACUUGCAAAAUGCUGUUUACAACCACAGCCUCAAUGUGUCAUUGAAGAGUUUAUCAGCUUUCAAAAGGUCCUCUGUAAGGACGGAGGCAACAAGUCUAAGGAACUGCAAAGAUGCUGCAGCAAAGCCCCUCUAGAUGCCAUCACCUGCAUGGAUACUGUAAAAAGAUAUCCUGUCACAUCCUCAGACGUUCCUCAGGUCCACUCAUCCCAACUCUGUGAAGAAACCCAUCCAGAUCGCACUGACAGAUAUUUGUUCCAGAUUGGGGUGAAACAUGUGUCAGUUUCAUUGCCAGUGCUAACAACAAUUCAGGAUCAUAUGAGAAGUACAGUGUCAGCCUGCUGCUCAGGCACUAAUGACACCACAGCAUGUUUAAAGGAAAGCAAAUUGGAGAAAGAUGCAGCACUUGUGUCCCUGAUUGAUGACUUCUGCUUGCAGUAUUUUAAAUUGGAGUUGCCUGCAUUCAAAACAAAGAUUCAGCAUGAAUUCCAGGGAGAUGAACUUAAGAGCCAAGCGUGGAUAGAUCUAACCACCAGUUGCUGCUUCCAGCAUUCUCCUGCACAGCUGUGCCAAAAACUGACUGAGGCGAUCAUUAAGUACGAGGACGUCACUGCAGCUUGAACACUCACUGCUGGGUUUUGAACCAUGACAGACCCUGAGCAUAAUCAAAUGCAUAUCAUGAAUAAAAAACCUUUAAUUA